AUGGCAAAUAAAACUGUAGAAGAACCCCAGUUAACAGUUUCUAGUAGUAAAAUUAGAUUAAUUAAUAUGUUACUUGCCAGAGCUCAAACUUUAUAUAAAAAAUCAGUAUCUUUAAAUUAG